AUGUCAACCCAAACUGUGCUAGCAGGUAGAAAGAGAUUAUCUGAAGGCCUGACAGUAACGCAGAAGGUUUUUGUCAGAUCACGCAAUGGUGGCGCUACAAAAAUUGUUAGAGAACAUUAUUUAAGAAAUGAUAUUCCAUGCUUCUCAAAAGCGUGCACUGAAUGUUCUAAAAUUCUAGUCCCCGAUGCUAAUGACAAACUACCAACAUUUGUAUUAUCUGAAAACCCUGCCAAAUUAGGAAAAUUAGGUAAACAUUACGUAGUGGUAGAUACCAACAUUGUGUUACUUGCCAUGGACCUCUUAGAAAAUCCAAAUUGUUUCUUCGAUGUAAUCGUUCCCCAAAUUGUUUUAGACGAAGUUAGAAACAGAUCGUAUCCUGUCUAUACAAGAUUGAGAAAUUUAUGUGGAGCUAAUGAUGAUACCAAAAGAUUUAUUGUAUUUCAUAAUGAGUUUCAUGAAAUGACUUAUGUGAAUAGGAAACCUGAGGAAAGCAUUAACGAUAGAAAUGAUAGAGCUAUCAGAAAAACGUGUGAAUGGUAUGCAAAUCAUUUGAAGGACCAAGGAAUCAAUAUUGUCCUCCUUACAAAUGAUCGUCUCAACAGAGAAUCUGUAACUAAAAAAGACAACUUUAUUACAAAGAGUUUGUAUCAAUAUGCAGAUACUCUUCCAAAUAGUGAUGAAAUCAAAGAUUUAAUUCCAAAUUAUGACUUAACUGACACAACUAACAAUGAGAUAGCAAAAGAGGAUUUGGCUGAAUUUACAUACCCGGAAUAUUAUUCUCAAGCAAGAAUUUUAGGUGGUUUAAAAAGUGGUGUACUGUACCAAGGUAAUGUGCAAAUUUCCGAAUAUAAUUUCUUGGAAGGCUCUGUUACUUUACCAAGAUUUUCUAAACCCGUGUUAAUAGUAGGACAAGAAAAUCUGAACAGAGCAUUCAACGGAGAUCAAGUUAUCGUUGAAUUGUUACCACAAUCUGAAUGGAAGGCUCCAUCUUCUAUUGCAUUGGAUUCUGAACAUUUUGAUGUUAAUGAUAACCCUGAUAUAGAUGAAGAAAGUGAAGAAAAUGUCAACCAAAAUGGUGGUGCCUCAAUAAUUUCCGAUAAGCAACGUAGACUACUAGCAAAAGAUGCUAUAUUGGCCCAAAAAGCCAAAAAAGUUCAGCCAACUGCUAGAGUUGUAGGAAUUACCAGAAGAUCAUGGAGACUUUAUGUUGGUCAGAUUGCACCAAACUCCGUUGACUUGCAAAGUAACGGAACUCAAAAUGUAUUCGUCAUUUUAAUGGACAAGUGCUUGCCAAAGAUUAGAAUACGUACGAGACGUGCUAAUGAAUUAUUAGAUAAAAGAAUCGUUAUCGCAGUAGACGACUGGCCAGCUACCCAUAAAUAUCCUUUAGGCCAUUUCGUCAGAGAUUUAGGUGGAAUUGAAACGGUAGAAGCAGAGACGGAAGCACUAUUAUUAGAACACGAUGUUGAAUAUAGACCAUUUUCCAGGAAAGUUUUAGAAUGUUUGCCUGCUGAAGGCCAUGACUGGAAGACUCCUUCCAAUAUAAAGGAUCCCGAGGCACUCGCCAAUGAUCCAUUAUUAGCAAAGAGAACAGAUUUGAGAGAUAAGUUGAUUUGUAGUAUUGAUCCUCCUGGAUGUGUAGAUAUCGAUGAUGCUUUGCAUGCAAAACGAUUACCGAACGGAAACUGGGAAGUGGGUGUACAUAUUGCUGAUGUGACGCAUUUUGUAAAACCAGGUACAGCUUUAGACGCGGAAGGCGCCUCCAGAGGUACAUCAGUUUAUCUUGUUGACAAACGUAUUGAUAUGCUUCCAAUGCUAUUAGGUACUGACUUAUGUUCUUUAAAACCUUAUGUUGAUAGAUUUGCUUUCUCUGUUAUUUGGGAAUUGAAUGAAGAUGCAGAUAUUGUCAACGUCGACUUCACAAAAUCAGUGAUAAGGUCAAGAGAAGCAUUUUCUUACGAACAAGCUCAAGUACGAAUUGAUGAUUCAAACCAGAAGGAUGAACUUACUUUAGGUAUGAGAGCUUUACUACAUUUAUCCAAAAAGCUAAAGCAAAAGAGAUUAGAUGCAGGUGCAUUAAAUUUAGCAUCCCCAGAAGUAAAAGUUCAUAUGGACAGCGAAACAUCCGAUCCAGGUGAGGUGGAAAUAAAAAAGCUUCUGGCUACCAAUUCUUUAGUCGAAGAAUUUAUGUUACUAGCAAAUAUUUCCGUAGCGAGAAAGAUAUAUGAUGCUUUCCCUCAAACCGCUAUGUUAAGACGUCAUGCUGCACCACCAUCUACCAAUUUUGAAUUACUAAACGAAAUGUUGCAUCAACGUAAGAACAUGACAAUAUCACUAGAAUCGUCAAAAGCUUUGGCAGAUUCGUUAGAUAGAUGUAUCGACCCUCAGGACGCAUACUUCAACACUUUAGUACGUAUUAUGUCUACUCGUUGUAUGAUGGCCGCCCAAUAUUUUUAUUCCGGUGCCUAUUCGUAUCCUGACUUCAAGCAUUAUGGUUUAGCCGUCGAUAUUUAUACCCAUUUCACAUCUCCAAUUAGACGUUACUGUGACGUUGUUGCGCAUAGACAAUUAGCUGCAGCUAUUGAUUACGAGCCAUUGAGUUUAAUGCACAGGGACAAAAAUAAGAUGGACAUGGUAUGCAGAAAUAUCAACAAAAAGCACAGAAAUGCACAAUUUGCCGGUAGAGCAAGUAUUGAGUACUAUGUUGGACAAGUUAUGAGAAAUAAUGAAUCGGUGGAAACAGGUUAUGUCAUUAAAGUGUUCAACAAUGGUAUUGUUGUAUUGGUUCCCAAAUUUGGUGUUGAAGGUUUGAUUAGAUUAGAAAAUUUGGCGGAUGAUGUAAAUGCCGCUCAAUUUGAUGAAGUUGAAUUCAAACUAUCAUUCACAGCAAAGGGUAGCGGUGAAAAGAAAAAUAUUCAUGUUUUUGACAAGGUUGAAGUUGAAGUUAAAUCAGUGCUAGAUCCUGUUACCAGCAAACGUAAAGCUGAGUUACUAUUAAAAUGA